UAGCGCAAUCUGAUUGCACGGGCGACCAACACUGGAUGCACUAACCCCGACAAGCACCAUUAGAGGGAAAUCUGCUGUGGGAUACCUCGCACCAACGAGCGUUUCUCGCUGGCGACGCGAAUCCGAGAAAAUCUAGAAGUUUCUCGAUUUGGUGGGCGCGAAACCAGGGGGGGGGGAGCUCUGGCUGUGGGCGGUGCAGGCGAUAGGCGUUAGCUGGAGAUUGGCGGCGAGGCGGAAGAGGCAAGGGAGGAAAGAUGCGGCUCACCGCUGACAUAAUCAUGCACGCUCGUGCGAGCAUCAACCCUUGCGACGAGCGAGAGCUGGACCUUCGCGGGUACAAGAUCCCGAUGAUAGAGAACUUGGGGGUGACCCAAGAUCAGUUCGACGCGAUGGACUUCUCGGACAACGAGAUCAAGAAGCUAGACAACUUCCCCCGGUACAAGCGCCUGUCGUCCCUCCUCCUCUGCAACAACCACGUCUCCAAGAUUUCGGAAGACCUCGGCACUGCUUUGCCGAACCUCUCCUGCCUGAUACUCACCAACAACAAGCUCUCCACGCUAGCGGAACUCAAGGGCCUUGGCACCUGCACGAAGCUGACGAUGCUCUCCUUGCUGCACAACGAGGUGGUAAACAAGCAGUACUACCGACUGUACAUGAUCAACCUCAUACCCAGCCUCAAGCAGCUGGAUUUCCAGAAGGUCACGGUGAAGGAGCGAGAGUCGGCGGUCCGAUUGGCCAGGUCACAGGCAGGGCAGGCGAUGAUACAGGACGUGGCGCAGCAGGCGGAGAAGGCUAAGACCUUCACGCCGGGCGCCCCCGCGGCGGAAGAGCAGAAGCUGACAGACGAGCACCGAGCCAUCUAUGCCGAUCGCAUCGCGAAGGCCACCACGGUAGAGGAGAUUGAAAUGCUCUCCAAGAAGAUCCAAGCUGGCAUCAUCCCGUCAGCGAACUACAAGCAGGGCGGCGGAGCGCCGGCGGCGAACGGGGCUGCUGCGCCAGCCGCCGCGGCGGCGGCUCCGGGGAAGCCUCCAGCCGCCACAACAACCGAGGUCGAAAUGGCUUCGCCACAAACGGCGUCUCCUCAGGAGCCGUCGGGCACGGCAGUAGCGGCAGCAGGGAAGGCUGCUGCCCCCGCCGCCGCCCCCAUGGACACGGGAACAGCGGCGACGGCGCCAGAAGCACCAGCAGCACCAGCACAAGCUGCGCCGACGGAAGCAUCAAGCAUGGACGUCGACGGUGCAGAGGAGGGGAAAACGGCGGAGGCGCCGGUUCCGGGUGCCGACGCUGGGAACGGCGAAGCCGAAGAAGAACCGCCAGCAACAUCAGAAGCGGGGCGGGGGGGUGAGGGGAAGGAGGAGGCAAGUAGCGCCAAGGGGGGAGCAGACGGCGGCGGUGGUGGUGAUGCUAUGGUUGAUGAUGAGGGGGGAGAAGAAGCGGCCGCAGAAACAGCGGAGGAGACGGCCACGGAGGCACCGGCGGAAACCGGCGAGGGGGAGGGGGACAUGGAGCAGGAGGAGGGAGGAGGGCCCAAGCUUUCCGAAGCUGAAAUCAAGUCGUAUAAGGGAGGGAAAUUAUGCGUACGUAGCAGGCGACUGGUGAUGCCGAUGCCCUCUGUGCAAGAGUCCACCCCGGACCAAAUAUGA